CAAGACUCCAAGUACAGUGAGCUUUUAAAUAACAAAGCUGGUGUUUAUAGAGAUUUAGAUUUAAAAUGUUUUCAUGCUUGCUGCUCUCUAAAAAUCAUCCUGCAAAAGGAAAUUGGUAUUAAAAUGUGGCAGAGCACAAUGUGUAUACUAAAGCAGAGACUGAUUGCAGGCAAACUAACUGAAAAUUAGGCAAUGAUAUAUUGGUCUACUAAGGGAGCUUGGAGUUCAGCAGAGACUGGCUCAUGUUUGUUUAAGUAUGAGCGCUACCUUUUGUCUGUCAUGUUUGUAAAGGUGCUUUCAUCCAAGGAGCAGACUGUGUCCUUGGAAACCCUAGCAACAAGGUCAAUAUAAUAAUAAUUCAAGGAACAGGAAUCAGGUCAAGGUAUUUUUAAUUAAAAACUGGAUUUGUCAAAAGAACAUGAGCCAGCCAGUCAAAACAAAUUUGAGCGUAGCCUCCAGUGGUAAAGCUCUCUCUCUCACACACACACACAUACACACACACACACACACACUACUGCAUAAAGGCAGUGACACACACACACACACACACACACACACACACACACACACACACUACAGCAUAAAGGCAGUGAGAGAGAAAAUAAACCAAAAGAGAAACCCUGGGUAGCAGUGGAAGGCAAUCACCUUCCAGUCCUGUGCUGAUUCAGAGCACUUGUUCUGUAAACCAUCUCAUGGGUCACUAGAGGAGCCUUUGGCGACCCUGAGAGUUCCCUUGGAAUCACACUCCUACAUACUUAACAAGGGACACCUCGACUCCUAGCUGAAAUGCAGACCAGCCUCCCCUACUCAAGAGUAGCACCUAUUCCAGGAUGAAUAAAUAUAAACCCGUUCCCAAGCUCUCUAGCCAGUCUCCCGUCCAUCACACCAACUUGAGGAUCCCGCCUUCGGGCAGACCCUUUAAGAAAGAAGACUUCUUAAACCUGAUUUCAAAAGACUCCUUAGAAUCGGAUUCAGAAAGCCUCCCUCAAGAGGCUAAGUCCUGGUCUGAUAUUAAGGACCAAAUCCAGGACAAAGAUAUGGAGCCUGACAGCUUGGAGGAGGACAGCCCAAGUGAGACAGAAGAGGCAGUGAACAGAAAAGCAGCCCACAACACUAACAGGGAAGACCUAAGUGCUCAUGAUGCUGGUGUGAAUCACAGCCAACAUCAGGUAGAAGACAAAUACUCAGACCUCCGAUAUGAUCCCAACUGGAAGAACAAAAGAGAGGAGGGGCAGCCAUUGGCUGGAGAAGCAUUACCAGGGUCUGCAGAUAGCUCUUCAGAAAACCUGCCUUUGGCUCCGCUCUACCCUUCCAGAGAGCCAUCCAUGGGACUCUCCGCUGGGAAAGGCAAAGAAAAGAAGAGUCCUCAGAGCGAAGCCUCCUUACUUGGAAGCGAAUUUCUGAGCCCAAAGUAUGAACGUAGCACCCGUCAAAAUGGGUUCUUCUCAGAACUAAGCGACAGUGACCAGGAGGAGAAAUCCAGCGGCCUGUCUCAGUACCUAAAGAGCUCAAGCUCACACAACGACGUUUUCCUGCCGGGGUCACGUGGCCCGCGCAGAAGGAAGUCCAAACAAUAUUUUGUGGAAAAAAACAAGCUGACUUUGGGGUUACCUAUGCCUAAAACAGACUCUUACCUUCAACUUCACAAUAAGAAGAGAGGAGAGACCCGCCUCGAACAGAUUUCCUACCCCGUCAGAGAUACUGACAAGAUGACUGUCCAGAAUGACAAAGAAGUCGAAAACACUUUCAUGGAUCCUGAGGACAAAUGGCAUCAGAGAGCAAAGCAGCUCAAGAAUUACCAAGAACAUCUGUCUCAGUACGAAGAUACAAAAUCAGGCAAUGUCCCAAGAGGUCAGUCUUCCGAUGCAGCCAAUGGCCAGCAACCUUCCAGAAGAACUGCCAAGGCCAGGGUUCGGAAACAGAGGAAACACCAGAAAGGCCUGAAAUCUCUUGGGACAAAAGAGCUUGUUGUCAGUCAAAAUAAUCAGAAUAACCCUUUCCAGCAACCACAGAACCAAAGGCAGACUGCGGAUGCCUCAGCAAAGCAUGAGCUGGCUGCACAAACGAACGCUUCUAACCCCAAUUUACAGGACGCCAGAACGCUCACCCACAAUCCCAAAGUCACCUCCGACUCUUUCGUUUCACCUAAGCAGGCUUUAGACAGAGCUUUAUAUAAAAACUCCAUCUCAGGACUGAACGCUAAUAAAAGACGAGGACACAGACGUGAGGAAGAGAGAAUUCUGUAUCAGCCGCAGCCCAUCUACGUGUUUUCUGAUACACAUCUGCAGGACUUUAAUGAACUUCCUCACAGACACGAGUCCCCGAGCCAGAGAGCCCCUCAGUCCGAUCACCACAUGAACACACACAGGUCAACGAAGACAAAGAAGCCAGCCAAACAACCGCAGGCAGAGACGAAAUACAAGAACAUAGAGAUGCUCUGGAAAUUCCACUCUUCCUCAGACAUGGAACCCGCGAGUGCCUCGCCAGACUCCCGGCUUGCCCAGAUCAUGGAACAGCACCAGCAAGCCUUGAUGCAGCUGGCAGAGGUGCAGCCCAGCGAGGGCUCUCUGGCCAGCAUCAUACUCCCACCUAUCCUGUCCAGGGUAGAAAGUGAAUCGCAGCUCAAUUCAGAGAGAAGCCACAGACACCAGGUGAAGAUGGCCCGUAGUAAUUCGGAAGGCUACCUGCUUCAGCUGGAGAGAGGAAAGAGACACAGGAAGCGAAGCAGCACAAAGAGUUCCAAGCUGAAAGGCUAUCAGAAAAGAGACGUGAAGCUUGGAGGCCUGGGACCUGACUUUGCAUCCGUCAGAGACAAAAUGCAAAUGUUAAUGCAGCAAAAAGAAUACGCACAGCAAGUCAAGGAUUACAACAUGAAGGCCCUGUCCAUUCUGUCCAAACCACAGACAUCAAAAACCGAGAGUAAAUCUGCGAUUUCUCGGAAGAAGGCUUUGGACUAUGCUAAGACCAUCCCCAAACCCAAACCACCAAAUCUACCUGAUCAAACAGCAAAGAAAACUAAGAACUCAAGGCACAGUGAAAAAGAAGGAGGCUUACCAGAAAUUUCCCUGUUGGAGAUCCUGCAGAGCAGACACGAGCGGGAAAAGCAGGCUGUGGCUGCUUUCAAAGUCCUUCACAUCGUCUAGACAGCGUUUAGUGGGGAUCAAAAGUGCUAUGCAAGGGACAUGGAGAAAAAAAAGUAGACAGUUCCACAGUGAGUGGUAAGCUGGCACUGCCGCCUGCCCGCCACCCUUGUCUGCACUGUGCAGAAGUUAAUGGUGGUGUGUUUAACCUUCUGGAAAGAAAAAUACAUACAAUUAUUUAUUUCAAAUCUGUUAGAAUUUGGACAGAUAGAUGGCUAGACAAUAAAGCCUUUGGUUUUAUAUUGGAUCUUCUGAUUUGUCAAACUACCUUUGCGCUUCUUCAUAACAUAGCAUAGCAUAGCAUAACAUAACAUAUGUACAUACUUCAGUUUUUCCUGAAAAUGAGUUUGGCUGACCUCGUCACAGAGGUAACAUGUCCAAAAUAAUACUUUUGCUUUCAAGUCUCAAAAAAGUCUUAUAUAUAAAGUUGACAAUUUGAAAAUUCAUCUAGAUAUGCAGAUUGAAAUAGGAAAAAAAUCCUGAUCUCGUUCUAACACAUCACUCAGACUAAGGCAUUAAUCAUAAAUCCCACAAGUGUAGGGAAAUCCACCGCAGAUCACUUUAUGGUCAAAGCCACUGACUCCACAUCUAUAAAUUUAUGGGGCAUCUUGUUAUCAUUGUGGUUAUCUUCAAAUAUUAUUAAAUGCCUGUACUUCAGAGUUUACGACGAAUGUAAAUAUUCAUAUUCAUU